GAGCAAACAGCGGAUGUCAACGCUUUGCGACAGUUCUCCGCUAUUUCCGUCACAAACACAUGCAGCAACGAAAACAUGAGAGGUCAAAAGUUAUGAUCGUAAUCUUUAACAGAGACGAGACGUAACACACAAACAUGGCCAGUUCCAUGGUGGUUGUGGGACUGGCUCUGGCAGCAGCUGGAUAUGCAGGUCGCUAUGCCAUGAAGGCCAUGAAGCAGAUGGAGCCUCAGAUGAAAAUGGCUAUUCAGAGCUUCCCAAAAACAGCUUUUGGAGGAGGGUACUAUAAAGGUGGAUUUGAUCCAAAGAUGUCCAAGAGAGAAGCUUCCCUGGUUUUAGGUGUCAGUCCCACAGCCAACAAGAUAAAGGUCAGAGAGGCACAUAGAAAACUGAUGACCCUGAACCAUCCAGAUAGAGGAGGAUCUCCCUACCUAGCAGCUAAGAUAAACGAAGCAAAGGAUUUUUUGGAUGCCGCGGGAAAGAAGUAGAGGAGAUGAAGUCAUACUUUUCAUCCACACUGACUCACAUGAGCAAUUACCAGACUUUUCUAACCGAUUGUUCUCAAAUAAAAUCACUGUACAAAUCAUCAA